CCCGCACAUGCCCAGCGCACGCGGCGCGCCGCCCAGCUAGAAGUUGCAUCCCCGGAGUUGGAGGCCGCUGAGGACCGAGUGCAGCAGGAAGGAGACAGCGCCGGGCGACAGCGGCCGACGAGGAGGAGACGAGAGUCCCGGAUCGGGGCCCGCGCAUCAUUCUCGUCCCCCAAAGUGGAGCUGCAACUUGGCCACGAUUGCACCUGUUUGCACUGCUCAGCCGAGAGCGACCCUGCAGCUGCUGCGGCGGCGAGGACAGCGACCCCGGUCAUCACCCUCUUUGGCAAGUGGUUUGUGCACGAGGAGAAACUUUCCACCUGUGAGCGGACCGGCGCUGAGUGCGUGUGUUUUUUGCUUCUUUUUUGUUGUUUUUGCCUCCACCUCCCCCCUUCUUCUCUCCGCUAAGACCUCUCCCCACACACCCACCCCCAAGUAUCGCUCUGUUUGAGUCCCUCUCCAUCUCCCAGCCCCCUGGCCGUCUAUGCUCCAGGCCCUCUCUGCGUGGUGCCGGUGAACCCGUGAGCCGCCCCAAUGUACAGCAUGAUGAUGGAGACCGACCUGCACUCGCCUGGCGGCGCCCAGGCCCCCACGAACUUGUCAGGCCCGGCCGGAGUGGGCGGCGGUGGGGGAGGCGGCGGCGGAGGCGGCGGGGGCGCCAAGGCCAACCAGGACCGGGUCAAGCGGCCCAUGAACGCCUUCAUGGUGUGGUCCCGAGGGCAGCGGCGCAAGAUGGCCCAGGAGAACCCCAAGAUGCACAACUCGGAAAUCAGCAAGCGCCUGGGCGCCGAGUGGAAGGUUAUGUCCGAGGCCGAAAAGAGGCCGUUCAUCGACGAGGCGAAGCGGCUGCGCGCCCUGCACAUGAAGGAGCACCCGGAUUACAAGUACCGGCCGCGCCGCAAGACCAAGACGCUGCUCAAGAAGGACAAGUACUCGCUGGCCGGCGGGCUGCUGGCGGCCGGCGCAGGCGGCGGAGGCGCCGCCGUGGCCAUGGGCGUGGGUGUGGGCGCGGCGGCCGUAGGCCAGCGACUCGAGAGCCCCGGCGGCGCGGCGGGCGGCGGCUAUGCGCACGUCAACGGCUGGGCCAACGGCGCCUACCCCGGCUCUGUGGCGGCGGCGGCCGCGGCCGCGGCCAUGAUGCAGGAGGCGCAGCUGGCUUACGGGCAGCACCCGGGCGCCGGCGGCGCGCACCCGCACGCGCACCCGGCGCAUCCUCACCCGCACCAUCCGCACGCGCACCCGCACAACCCGCAGCCUAUGCACCGCUACGACAUGGGAGCGCUGCAGUACAGCCCCAUCUCCAACUCGCAGGGCUACAUGAGCGCCUCGCCCUCGGGCUACGGCGGCCUCCCCUACGGCGCCGCGGCGGCCGCCGCCGCCGCCGCGGGUGGCGCGCACCAGAACUCGGCCGUGGCGGCGGCGGCGGCGGCGGCGGCCGCCUCGUCGGGUGCCCUGGGCGCUCUCGGCUCUCUAGUCAAGUCGGAGCCCAGCGGCAGCCCGCCGGCCCCGGCGCACUCGCGGGCGCCAUGCCCCGGGGACCUGCGUGAGAUGAUCAGCAUGUACUUGCCGGCCGGCGAGGGCGGCGACCCGGCGGCGGCGGCGGCCGCGGCGGCGCAGAGCCGGCUGCACUCGCUGCCGCAGCACUACCAGGGCGCGGGCGCGGGCGUCAACGGCACGGUGCCCCUGACGCACAUCUAGGGACGCGAGGGGGACUGCGGCCCGCGCCGGCGACGCGCGAGAAGGAACGUGCGGCCAGACCCAGGUGCCCGGCCCGGCCCCGCGCGGCCUGGCUUUUGUGCAGACGUUUCCACCUUCUUUCCUUCCAGGGAAACACUGGCGACGAACACUAGGUGACACCACCCCCUGGCCCCCGCUCGCCUGCCUGGGAGCUUCUGGGAACGGCUAGGCGCGGACACAGUCGUGCGUUUUAGACUGAACUUGGUGUUUUCUUGAGACUUUUUGUACAGUAUUUAUCAUCCACAGAGGCUGGAAGCGUUUCUUUGCUGGAGGGGACACAAAGACCAAGCCAAGCAAGAGGCGACCCCAACUUUUCUAUCCCGCCGGCGCGCUCGCGCCCGUCCUGCCUCGCUUCCUGCUGGCGUGUGGUCGCCCGGGAGCUGUUCGCAUCUGUUAUCGGUGUAAUAAGGCAGAUCCAAACACAGGUUUUUCGUAGUUGUUACCACUCUUGGGUUGGUUUGUUAAUUUAUACAAAGAGAUGCCCCCACCCCCUUUCUGAUGGCAGCGUUAUAUUCUGAGUUUUUGUAAAACUUUUCUGUAUCUGAGCUUUUCCAUUUUUUUUUUGUUUUGUAAUUAUUUCUUGUAAAUGCAUUGUGAAAUUUUAAUUUUGGCGUUUCAGCGUGGGGAGGGGUAUUCAGAUUAUGUACAUAGUUUCCUAAAAAGCCUUUCUAGUAAAAAACGAAAAAGAUAACCCCUCUUUAAAAACGCAUCGAGUCAAUAAAUUUAAGAGAGGAAAAAAACUCGGUUCUUCCCAUAAAUUUGAAACGUGCUAAUUGUAUAUGCAUGUUUUACGGGCUCCAAAUACAAUUAGUAAGUCUGACGAAGGAGAAAUUAUCAGCAUGGUUUAAGAGGGGAGGGAAACCCAGGGGAGAGGGUACGAUUUUUACGGAGCUGAGUUCAGUGGAAGGGAAGGAAGUUAAAACCAAUGGAUUGUUUUGUAGAGUUUACAGUGUUAAUACAGAAUGGGAAAUAAUUACAAGAAAAAAAGUCGUUGUGUACUCCGGCCCUUCGGUGUGUUUGUAUCUUUGGGCCGGCACUGCGGGAUUUUUUGAUUCCUUCCUGUGGGCUUUGCAUCCUCUGGCCGGCCCCAGAUCCGUGCCCCCAGGAGAGAAGAGCCCAAUGGCGGGACCAGGCCAAGGUUGGAUGACAAAAGACCACUGCAGGGCAUGAGGGCCCCAAUUUCCCCGCAAUUAACAAGAUUGCAGGUGGAAUUUAUCUAGAUUGGGCUCAAGGAAACACAAUCUCUGAACCAAAAUGUACUGUAACCAAGCCCCCUCCAUCCCUCCCUCUGGCUUCUUUCUCCUUGAGAAAGAGCUGAAUAAUUUUGUUGGAUUUUCGCACACAGACACAAAAUUGGCCACUCUCUCCCCCCUCUCCCCCACCC